AUGGCCGACAAACCAUCACCGCCAACGUCAGUCAAGAAGAAGCGUCAGGCACCAACGAUGGCUUUGCCCAAAGAACCCAAGGAAAAGAAGGGUAUUCUCAGAAGUCUCUCAUUUCAGCGGGUGUUUUCACUUUCACAAACUUUUUUCUUUCAGUUUUCUAACCUUGGCAGGAGAAAGGAUAACCCAUAUGACAUGACUCCCGAAGAAACGACAAGUGAGGAGUUGGGACCAAUAAUUGGCGUGCAAUGCUACGGUACUCUUUGGAAAAAGUACAAAAAGAAGAAUCGACCAGCUACGUGGUCGAAAAGGUUCUUCCUGCUCAAAGAAUGUUUCUUGAUCUACUACUCGACUCGCUUCAAGAAAACGUUCCAAAAGAACAAGAGAAUCGACUUGCAUCCAAAACGGGUGUUUUCAUUUUCACUUUCACAAACUUUUUUCUUUCAGUUUUCUAACCUUGGCAGGAGAAAGGAUAACCCAUAUGACAUGACUCCCGAAGAAACGACAAGUGAGGAGUUGGGACCAAUAAUUGGCGUGCAAUGCUACGGUACUCUUUGGAAAAAGUACAAAAAGAAGAAUCGACCAGCUACGUGGUCGAAAAGGUUCUUCCUGCUCAAAGAAUGUUUCUUGAUCUACUACUCGACUCGCUUCAAGAAAACGUUCCAAAAGAACAAGAGAAUCGACUUGCAUCCAAAAGGUAUAAUCCCUCUAAUUGGCUGCUCGAUAGUGUGUGGUGGUGAUGUCGGGAAGAAGCACUGCCUACUCAUCGCCCACCCACAGUUCCCAUCAGCAAUAAUCGUGGCGGCUCCAGACUUCAAAACCCAAGAGGAAUGGCUGAAAGCGCUAAGAAAUGCGACGAAAAUAUCUUUCAAGAACACUCUUGUGGGGGAGACGAUGAUUAGGGAACUGGAAAGCAAAGGUCUGAUCUUGUGCGAGGAGAAAAAGACCUAUGAGGAGAAACUCGAGCAGGAGGCCAAAGCACGCAAGGAGGAACACGAGCGUGCUGCUGUGAGUGUUAUUUUUGACAUUAGAAGACUUUAUAGGGUGAACAGUAGGUCAUGCAUGUAUACUGUAUUUUGA